AUGAAUCGCACAAUAAAGACACAAGUUGUCAAAACAGUGAAAGUAAAAAGUGUUAGAGAGGGGGCAUUCUGCAAAUACUCUCACCAUGUGUGCAUGCAGAACUGUGUGGAUGGGUAUGAUUAUUGCAGACACCACAUAUUAGAAGACAAAACUGCGCCGUACAAACAGUGUGUCUACAUGACAAAAUCAGGCCGACGGUGUUUCAUGGCUGCUCCGAAGCAGGAACGAAAAGAUGGGUAUUGCUCGGAGCAUGCCAAGAAAGCUGCCUAUGCCCGACAACGCCUGUCACGCAAACGUAGACCAAAGGAAACUGUGGAGAGUCUUCUCGAGGAUCUGACUUCGGUGAACGCUACCUCAUCUGAUUCCCACAACAAUGAGCAUCGCCGAGGGAAAAUGCACAGUGACAGCAUUGCUAGCAAAGCUCUAGAGUAUGCCAGCUCCAGCGACUCCGACACAGAGCAGCCAAUGGUUGGACAGACAUGGAUCGACGAUGGAGAUAGUGAUGCAGAGAGCAUUGACAGUGAACAGGAAGAUUUACUCAAGUAUGCAGGUGCCUAUACAACGGAAGAAGUUGCCCAGAUUUUAAGAGACAAGUUAAUCAGGCUACAAGCACUUUAUAUUGACCAGUUCAAGCGACUCAAACAUGUGCUCUUGACCAAACGAAGACAGUACUUGAAAGCUUACAAGGCAGAGAAGGAAACUUUAGGAAGCAUCAAGCUGUACAAGAGUGAUCCAUCCCAGAAAGAGAAAUAUCAAAAACUGUUGGCCAUGAAGCACUAUCACAGGAAGUACGGGAAGGAGGCAUUACUGCAGAAACAGUCCACGCAGCGGAGGAUGCAAGCCACAGAAGGGAUGAACUACCUCCCGCCACACUUCGCCAAGUGUGUGUUUGUCGAUGAAGGUCUCCGUUGUAAUGCAAGAGUUGUUCCCCUGAGCAAAUUCUGUCAAAAACAUAUUCUCCACGACCCAGCCCAAGUGUUGUACCGCCCAUGUCCGUUUGCCGACAGUCAGUGUGGUCGACCCGUGCCAACCCUGCAUAAUACAGAGUUUUGUUCUUUACACCAGCCAGUGCCCUCUGUCAAAGAACCUGACCAGCCAGAUGCGGAUAUGAAUGUCGCAGACCAAGAAGACAGCAAACAAGACAGCAGCAAGGUGUAUGCAGAUAGCAGAUUGGUUUCUCCGCCUCAGAGACAUGUAAAGAUCCAGACGCCCAGCAUGCAAGGCCAGUUGGAAGCGACAGUGAAGAGCACGCUGGACUUUGGUUUAAAGUUGGGCUCUGCAACAACAGGCACAGCAGCAGGGAAGACUCAGGAUGUUGAUGCAGAGGAAGCAGAGACUGAAAGACAUUUUCAGCUAGGGACUUUAUUUACUCUUGGGGAGGAAAACGAGGAGGAGGAGAACAUUGCAAGAUGA